UCACUUCCAAAUCGUUAACAGGUAGAGAUUGAUAAAUAAAAAAGAGAUGGAUAUGAUAUGUUUGAAACACAAGCCGAUACUUGUGAGCAAUAAAAAGAGCUGAAGGAAAAAAAUUGGCGGUAGUUGACAAAAGGAAACAGCGAAUAAAACAAAACGAAUUCCAAAACGGAAAGUGUGAAACAAGUAAAGUGAAGAAAGAAAGCCAAACGAAACGUUUAACACGCAGAGAGAUUUUAUUUCAUUACAAGAAUUUGAACAGUUUGGAACAAGCGAAAAUUUUUGCGAAGUAUUUUGUGAAGUUAAGUUAGAAAAAAAUAUCCGCCAAAACGCGCAGAAGACGAGUUUAAAUCGUUGAGUGCACAGAUUUUAUUAUAAAUAGUUAAGAGAAUACGCAUCAGACGUAAAUCUUGAAUUAUUUCACACGUUGCAACAGAAUUCAACGCCAACUGUUUAAUUUUUGUGAAAAAGUGCCGACAUAAUUAAGGAUUUACCAAAGUCACAGCCGGUUGCUUUAGAAACUUAAAGUGCGAAUUAAAUUCGAGAUAUCAGAUAUUAACAGCCAACGUUGGUCAAAAUUACAUAUUAAAAACAAUUAAAAUGGAAAAGAGAAUUCAUUUAGAGAAACGCGGCAAGAAAGCAAACCAGAUCACAGAACUUAAUUUAGAUAAUUGUCGCGCAACAAGUAUUGUUGGUUUUACUGAAGAGUUCACCGCGCUUGAAACCUUAAGCCUAAUCAAUGUAGGUCUCACCACAUUAAAAGGUUUUCCAGUUUUACCCAAUCUAAAGAAGUUGGAGCUUUCUGAUAAUAGAAUAUCAACUGGUCUUAACUACUUGGCAUCAAGUCCAAAGUUGCAGUCACUUAAUUUAUCUGGAAAUAAAAUUAAGGAGCUGGAAGCCUUGAAGCCAUUGCAAGAAUUCAAAAAUCUUGCUGUGUUGGAUUUGUUUAACAAUGAAGCAACUCUGGUUGAAAAUUACCGUGAGAAGAUUUUCGAAAUGUUGCCGUCUCUCAAAUACUUAGAUGGGUUUGAUUGUAAUGACGUUGAAGUUCAGUCAGAGGAUGAUGACGAUGAAGUCAAUGGAAAUUCUGAUGACGAAUCAGAUAAACAAAAUGUAUUUUGUUUAAAUGGUUUAGAGUUUGAUUUGGAUGAAUUAGAGGAGUUUGAAAAACGUGUUAAAGCAAAAAAAGAAUCAAACUGUGCUUCUAGAAAUAUUGACGAAGUAGAUGAUUUAGAUGAAUAUUUAAAAGAAUUAAAUUUGAAGGAAGCAAAUAAUUCCAACUCCAAAGCCAACGAAGAAGAUGAAUGUAAACAGUCUUCCAGUUUAGUGGAAACAACAUCCACGAAUAGAUUUUCUCUUAGCUAUGUACUUACACUUUAUUGGUUUUAUGCCAUAUUAAACUUGGCCACUAUCGUUUUUAGAAUUAAUAAUAACUCAUGUUCUGAUGAAGAUGCGUACGAAGAGGAUGAUAGCGACGUUUCUUUGUCAGAAGUGUACAAUGAAGAUCUAGAAGAAGAUAAUUCUGAGUGGGAUGAAGAUGGUGUUGAAGAAGAGGAUGAUGAUGACAUUGAGGAUGAUGAAGCUUUUGCAGAUGGUGAACUUGAUAAAUCUGCAAGUAAACCUGCUGUAGUGGAGGAAAAGGCUUCCGCAAAUGAUACUGAAGAAUCGCAGGCACGAGGAAAGAAGAGGAAGCAUGAUGGUUAAAUUUUUUAAUUCUUCUUUUCUCUUUUUUUUACAUGGAAAAUUUUUAUUUUUGAUGAUAUACUUCUUAAUUUUAAUUUUUCAAAAGUAUAACAAAAAAUGAAACAAAAUCAAAUUUAUUGUGUAAGCUAAGAAAAAUGACGAUUUCAAUACGCAACCACAACAAAAAUCAAUUACAUGUGUAGUAAACAUUUAAUUUUAAA